AUGGGUCCAAUAUAUCCAACAAAUAGGUUUGUGGCUGUUUUGUUGCUGGUAUCGGCAGCUCUUGUGGGGGCUCAGACGAAGCCGUCGGGGUCACCGUCGUUGUUGGUGACUCAAAGAUGGCAUGUUCACGUGGUUAAUAAUCUAAACAACAAUUUCUUGGAUGUGCACUGCAAGUCGAAAGACGAUGAUUUGGGCUAUCAACGCUUGGUUCGUGGAGCUGACUUCCAAUGGAGCUUUAAAGUUAACUUUUGGGGAACAACUUUGUUUUGGUGUAACUUACACAAGCCAGGUGCCUAUGUCACGUUUGAAGUAUUUUGGCCUGAAUCAAGGAAUGCAUGGCUUCGUAAUAGGUGCCAUAAUGGAACUGAAGGACAUUGCAUUUGGACGGCUAAAGAUGAUGGAAUUUACUUGAGAAAUAUUCCGACUAAUUCUGAAGAGUUGAUUCAUAAGUGGAUCAGUUUGAAAUAG